GGGAGAGAGUGUUGUAGUUUCAAGCUGUGUUGCAGCUGGCGGGUAUAAUAAAGCAGAGUGCCCUGUUAGAAUGCAAAUUACUGGGCCCCGCAUUCUGAAGUCCUAAUCAGACUUAAAGCCUGGGGAGAGGGAAGGGGGGACAGAAUACAUAUUUAAAGAGGACCACAGGUACUUCCUAGACACACUCAAUGCUCCCUGCCGAGUAUUUGUGUAAAUGGGAGUGGAGGAAGCCCAAAGUGGGUGGCCAGUGGGGGUGUGGGAAGGAUGUUCCUAUAAAGCAAGGCUUGCCUGUUUAAGGGCUUUUCUGGAUGAGAAACUGGUGAUUGGAAAUCACUUCCAAAAAGUGGUUAGGCCCUUGCGACUCUCCGUGUGGUCUGAAUCCAGCCCCCGCUGAGAGGAGGUUAUAAAGGCAGCAUCCCGGACCUGCUGAGUUCAGCAGUGCGUUUCAGCCAGGUCCUCGGGUGGUGUGGUCCAUGUGCAUGGGAAAGUGUGAGCAGCCCUGCUAUGGACAGUUCCUUGGCUCACUUUUGGAAGAGAUGGGCUCCUCGGGUUGUGCCUGUUCUGACCAAACAACUGGCCAUGAGUUCUGCCUGCCCCUUCACAGCAUCAGUCCCUGUACAAGCUGCCUCAGAGGUUUCUCUGGAAACUCCUCCUCUUACCAUUUAAACAGGGCCUCUUCCAGGAACUUUCAAGAUUCUAGUCAAGUAAUGGCUUUCACCAGGCCCUGGAAGGAGGUGAGGCAUCUUCGCUGGGGUCUGUGGGCAGCGCCCCAAAGCUCACCAAGUGACACAAAAAGGUAGCCCUGUAGAAGGUCAAUCCAGGUAGGGGAGCAGGAGAAGGAGGAAAGACUGUAAACGGGCUGGUUCUGGGUGUUUCCCAAGGAGUUGCAGUGCUGCUUUUAUCUGCUUUGGUCAGCAAAACCUAAAGGCGGCCGUUGGAGGCCAUGAGAAAUAUCUUCCUGGACCUGAGGGACUCCCGCUCCCCAAAGUUUUCUACUAGAUACAUAGUCUCCAGGAAGGAAGGGCAUUCAACUCCAUGUUCCACCUGAACGGAGACAUUCUCUUCCUCAAGUUACUGCGGCCAUCAUUCCACCUGCUUGCUUGUCCUCCCUUCACAUGUCUGAUUUAAUUAUUGUUCAGGAACUUACUGAAUUUUAUACAUAUAUAUAAAGAGUAUUUAGAGCCACUUUCACACACAUGAUAGAAAUUAAUAAGCGAGGAAAGCUUGGCAAAUGGAGGAUUGGUGUUUAGAAAGGCAAUUGGGUAUUUUAAUUAAAUCAGAAUUAUCUUCAGUUGAUUUAUUUGUAUCUACUCAGUUAAAUAUGUUAAUGUUAUCCUAAAUGUGAAUUACAUAAAAACAUGUCAAUAUGUCAAUGAACAAAUAACAAAUAUACAAUGAAAAUUUGAAGGUGAAAAAAGCAGAGUAUUUCAUGUACUUAAAUUCACUCUCUCUGGGAUCUGGGCUGUCGGGGAGACGGCUUCAAUCAGACUGAAACCCAGCUUUCAUGUGUCCUGUGUGAUGGUGGAGAAGAUGAAGAGAAAAGACUAAAUCACACAGCAUGGUGGCAAACAUUCCCUGGGUUUUCAUUCUUUUCAUGGUUCCUUCUAACCUGACUGUGAGCUCCUAGGGGCAGAGACAGCCAGGAUAACCUUUAUUUUUCUUAGUAUUCCCCAAAGCUCACCAAGUGACAUAAAAAGGAGCCCUGUAGACAGUCAAUGGAUGGCUAAAUAAAACUCACUCCUCAGAAUGUGUGAGGACUGAGCCCUGACUUAGUGACUGAGCAGCACAAGAGAGAUCCCAGUUCUUCUCACCAUAGGUUUCGCGUCUCAUCACCUUACCCGACCUCCUGCAUGUCUGUUCACAUGGUGGCAGGGAUAUGCUUUGUGGGUUUUUACACAGACCAUAGCUACAGAAAAGUGAGUCCAGGAAGCAAGAGGAAAGUACCUGCUCUUCUGUCUAGGAAAACUUAGGGGUGUGUAUAGUCAGAGUUCUCCAGAAAAACAGAACCCAUGAGAGACACAUAGAUAAGCUGCAGGUUGAUGUCAGGCCCAACCCCCAAAAGCUGGGAAGAGGAAGCAAGCAUUUGAUAAGGGUUGUUCCAGGCUCUUCCAUGUUUUGCUGGCCAAGAAGUAAAGUUUUUUGAGCACCACAAUGGAGGAAAUUCAGUCAGGCAACUGCAGAACCCAGACUUCACUGAAGGCUUGUCUUUCUUCGGCUUGCACUUGAAGGUGAAUGGAGGACGGAGAACUCUUGGCUCUUCUACCAUCAGCUCUGCCUGGCACUGUGGUCAUCAACUUUCCUUAGAUCAAAAGCAGGCAGUGAGGUCAACAAGAACUCUCUGGAGAAAAUCCUUCCACAGCUGAAAUGCCAUUUCACGUGGAAAUUACUUAAGGAAGAAAGUGUCUCCCAUGAUCUAGAAGAUAGAGUGUGUAACCAGAUUGAAUUUUUAAACACUGAGUUCAAAGCUACAAUGUACAACUUGCUGGCCUACAUAAAACACCUAGAUGGUCAGAACGAGGAGGCGCUGGAAUGCUUGCGGCAAGCCGAAGCGUUAAUCCAGCAGCAGCACCCUGACCAAGCAGAACUCCGAAGUCUGGUCACCUGGGGCAACUACGCCUGGGUCUACUAUCACAUGGGCAGACUCUCCGAAGCUCAAGUCUACGUAGACAAGGUGAAACAAGUGUGUGAGAAGUUUUCAAAUCCUUACAGCAUUGAGUGUCCUGAGCUUGACUCUGAGGAAGGGUGGACCCUGCUACAGUGCGGAGCAAAGCGAAAUGAAAGGGUGAAGGCGUGCUUUGAGAAAGCUCUAGAAGAGAAACCCAACAACCCAGAAUUCUCCACCGGGCUGGCAAUCGCGAUGUACCGUCUGGAUGAUAAACCACCGAAGCAGUUCUGUGUCAGUGUUCUGAAGCAGGCCAUCGAGCUCAACCCCGACAAUCAGUACAUCAAAGUUCUCUUGGGCCUGAAAUUGCAAAAGAUAAAUAAAGAAGCUGAAGGGGGGCUGUUGAUAGAAGAGGCCCUGGAGAAAGCUCCUGACCAAACAGAUGUCCUCCGCAGCGCAGCCAAAUUUUACCAAAGAAAAGGUGAUCUAGACAAAGCAAUUGAACUGUUUCAAAAGGUGUUGGAAUCCUUGCCCAACAAUGCCUGCAUCUAUCGCCAGAUCGCGUGCUGCUAUCGGGCAAAAGAGAAACAAAUGCAGAGCACAGAGGACUCUGAAGCUGGUGGGAAUAGAGAGAAGAUGGAAGAACUACGGAAAUCUGCUAUGGACUAUUCGAAUAAAGCUAUUGAGAAGGGACUGAACCCUCUGUAUGUAUAUUCUGAUCUCACUGAGCUGGAAUCAGAAGAAUGUUAUCAGACAGCUUUCAAUAAGGCAGAGAGAAAACAACUGCAUCAGGGCUAUUCCAACUUUCAGGAGCAAAAUGAGAAGUCUGAAGACACUCCUGUCCAGCAUCAUUUAAGCACAAAAUCUACUGUGAACGGAGCUGAAAGGCAGCUUCCACGGAAUUCUUGGUAUCUCCAAGGAUUAACUCACAAGCUGAAUGGAGAUCUGCUGCAAGCAGCUGAAUGUUUUGAGAAGGAACUGGGCCACCUCCUGAGGAACAGCCCUUCCGGCAUAAGCAAUUUUUUCCUGCCAGCAGAGGAGCUUGAAGAAGGCAGAGAGGAAGUGGGCCAGGACGCAGGCAGCUCCACUCUCAGCAAGCUCUCUGAUCCCUCAGCUGACACAGAGGAGUGAAAGGAACAGAGAGGGGGAAGCCUGGAAUGGUGGUUGUGAGGGGGAGAAGGGUGGAAAGGCAGGAGUUCCCUAAUCUGAGCUUGAUGAGCGAGGUGGUCUUGUUUAUGGCUUUCCGGUAAAUGGUUAGAGAGUUGUUUUCUCAUGUCUGUCUCCCUUGUUCCAUACCAGUCACACUCAAUUGUCUUGUAACAUAUGACACCCAGGAACAGCGCUUCAGCCCUGGGAGGUGUGAUUAUCUCAGUUUGCACUCAGUUCACCAGAAAUCCCCCGUUUCUGCCCUGCUUGCCAAGGGUCAUAGCUGGUAGACUGCCUACCAACAGAAUCUCACCUCCUCACCCCAUUACUUUUUAACCUUCUGGGCCUCCUAGAAGACUAGCUUUUGACUAAAACCCUGCAAUAUACCUUCCAUGUUGUGCUUGACCUCAGCCAUGUAUAUAUACGUAUUUUUGAUAGUGAUACUAUAGUAAAUAUGUAUUGUUGCUAAUAAUGCUACAAUAAAUGUCAAAAUUUCUACUCAG